AUGUGUUGGAAUGACCUUUUUCAUUUCAAAACAACCACCGGUAUGGCACAGAGAGGCCCUCUCAAACCUGCUGAUUUACUGAAUAGUCAUCAGCGACAUCGUGGAGCUACGACUCCAUCGUACGCGAACAAAACGGCUCGUGAAAAGCACCGAAGUGUUAGUGCCGAAGAGGCAGUGGCGGCUCCAGACGUGGUUAGCACCGGUAGCUCAGAAUCGGAUCGUGUAAUGAAAACUCAACAUUCGAGAGUCUACGGUGGCGCUGUGAAACCAGCAAUGUCCUUACAUGCACCAGGAUCCCGUUCCAAGACACUGGCCUGGUUCUUGGCAGAUGAUCUUCUUGCUGAGAAGAAAGGAGCAGUGGCAAACGUUUCAAUGAAGACGGAUGGCAAAAUUCCGCCGCAAGCCUCUGCUCCUGUCGCUGGUAAAUCCGAAGACAAGAAACGUCGUCGUGCUCUUCGACGCGCUAAGAAAAGUGAGGCGGCGCAGCUGGAGUUAGCCGAAGCGGAAGCCAACGCUGCCGCUCUGGAAGACCUAUUUGCUUGCGAUCGUCAACGAGUCCUUAACGGUGGUGACGAUUACUGGUAUUACGACGUGGCAUCAGAUGGCUAUUAUUAUGAACAGAACGGGGCGAAAGGAUGGAGACGACGUAUGCCGAAUUCAGCUAUGCAGCGUAUUAAGGAACAGGAAUUGGCACAACUUGCUGGUGGAGGCAAACUGCCAAUGCUCAAUGUGCAGACCGCUGCGCAAGCACACGCGUUGCUUCAAAGCGCACUCUUUUCACAACCAGCACUAAAAUAUUAUGAUGCGAAUUCUGAUGGAUUUUUCUACGAAAUGGCUUCCGUCGACGGAUGGAAACGUCGUCAGCCGAAUAAACCUGUGCAUCAGUCACUAUCGAAUGGCCUGAAUGCUGCAGUUGCAGCAGCAGCAGCCGUCGCAACCGCUAAUAAUGACGUAGGAACUCGUGCUAGCUAUGGUGCCACCUUAGCCCGGGGUCAAAUCCCGCGUCCACAUUGCGUGCUCGAUGACAGCAGUGCUUCUUCAUCGGUCAGCGAAGAUACCAGUUUGCAGGACGUGUUCGGGCUUGAUACGGCGUUCAGCGGUCUGACGAUGGGUUGCGAUAGCCCAUUCCGACAACUCAAUUCGAAUACGAAUGUCAACACCACGACGUCGAAUAGUGCCAUCAAUAACAGCGCUGCACCGAUAUCUCGACCAGAUUCGCUUCCGCUUUCUGAUCAGAUUCUUCCUGGUUUCAAUGCCGAUAAAUUCAUCCAGGAUCUGUCGUUUUCUGGACUUGAUCCAGCUAAGGUUCUCGGUUCUGUCUCCCGCACCCCGGCCGAUCCAUGGGCAUCGCGAUGUGGUGGUUGGGCACUGCCGCCGUUUGACAAGCCGACGACGUUGACAACAGCGGUGGUCGAGGACGACGACAACUCUUCCAUGCUUCUCAAGGAUCUUGAGAAGAUUUGGGCUACUCCAGUUGGUGGUCUUAAUGCUUGA